GGAUUUUUAAGACGAAAGACAAUAACUAUAAAACAAUACCGAAACAGACAAAACCUAAUAAACCUUUCGGUAUUUAAAGUCUCGAUAACAUCUUCUUACACAAGUCUCUCUCUCUCUCUCCUUUUUCAUUCUCUCUCUUCCAUAGAAAACUACAAUAUGAAGAAGCUCUACAGGAAAGGAACCGUACACCCGUCGCCGCCGCAGAUAAAAUCCGACGAAAACCUUUUAUCUCUUCUUCCGGUCGCUAUCUUCUCACUAGCGGCGGUUCUCUCUCCGGAAGACCGUGAAGUUCUGGCUUAUCUCAUAUCAACCGCUACUUACUCCGGCGACCGAAACCCUAGCUCUCGUCUAGAUAAGACAAAAGCCCACAAGAAAGCCCAUUUCGACCAUCACUCGCCUCUCUUCCACUGUGACUGUUUCAGCUGCUACACGAGUUACUGGGUCAGAUGGGAUACGUCACCGAGUCGUCAGCUUAUUCACGAAAUCAUCGACGCUUUCGAAGAUAGCUUGGAGAAGAAGAAGAACAGCAACAAAAAGAAGAACGUGAGUGGUAAGAAAGAUCGGAGAAAGCGCUCUGGGAAGUCUUCUUCUUCUUCUUCUACACUUCUUGCUACUAGCUCUAGCUUUGGUACGGAUGAUUCGGAGAUUCCGAGUCGACUCGGUGUGUCUGUUGUGAAUUCUUGUCCGUGUUCUAAUUCAAGUGAGUUAGCUGAUGGUUGCAACGGAGGUUUAGAACCAACGGAGGAAUUUUGUGACGGAGAUGCUUAUCUUGAGGCGGAGGAGGAGGAUAAGGGAACCGUAAGGAGAUUUGUGAGUUUCAUUGGUGAGAAAGUUUUUGGUGUUUGGGGAUAAGAAAUUUUUUGCCGAUAAAAAAAAGGCUUAGAAAAAAGUUUAAUGAAAUAAAAAAGCUAAAAAUGUUUUUUUUUCUUCUUUUCUUUGUUGUGAAUUUAUUAAAAAUUCACUUGGAUGAUAUCUAUAGGCCAACAUGUUAUUAUAGAUUACCUCCGAAAGUUUUCCUGUGGAAUCAUUUAAUUGUGUCUAUAAUGCGACCAAAGUAUCAUUGUAUUAUAACA